GACGGGACGCCCCCACCCCCACCGCGGCACGCAUUGCGCAGGCGCCUCCCCGCGGGUCCCGGCGGCGGGAGCGGGAGCGGGAGAGUGGGAGGCGGCGGGCGCGGCCGGAGCGGCUUCAGCCUGGGCUUGAGGGCUGAGGCGAAGAAGGCGGUGGCGGCUGCGGUGGCGGCGAGGCGGCGAAGGUGAUGGCGACGCGGGGCCCAUGAGGCGGCGGCCAGCGGGACGGGCCGAGGCCCGGCGGAGGAGGCGGCUUCGGGGGCGCCCACCGCCGGAGAAAAUUUGGGAACAUAACAAACAAAGUACAGAAUCUGAAAGAAGGUUUGGGAUAACAGGAGUUCUGGUUAGCAGGGCAAACCAGUUCCACCACCAUGAGUUGGAGCUUCCUGACUCGCCUGCUGGAGGAGAUCCACAACCAUUCGACAUUUGUAGGGAAGAUCUGGCUCACUGUGCUGAUUGUCUUUCGAAUUGUCCUAACUGCUGUAGGAGGAGAGUCCAUCUACUAUGAUGAGCAAAGCAAAUUUGUUUGUAACACAGAGCAGCCGGGCUGUGAGAAUGUCUGCUAUGAUGCCUUUGCCCCGCUCUCCCACGUGCGCUUCUGGGUAUUCCAGAUCAUCCUGGUCGCAACUCCCUCUGUGAUGUACCUAGGAUAUGCUAUUCAUAAGAUUGCCAAAAUGGAGCAUGGCGAGGCAGACAAGAAGGCAGCUCGGAGCAAACCCUAUGCCAUGCGUUGGAAACAGCACCGGGCUCUGGAAGAAACGGAAGAGGACCAUGAAGAGGACCCUAUGAUGUAUCCAGAGAUGGAGUUAGAAAGUGAAAAAGAAAAUAAAGAGCAGAGCCAACCAAAACCUAAGCAUGACGGCCGCCGCCGAAUUCGAGAGGAUGGGCUCAUGAAAAUCUAUGUGUUGCAGCUGCUGGCCAGGACCGUGUUUGAGGUAGGCUUUCUAAUCGGGCAGUAUUUCCUGUAUGGCUUCCAAGUCCACCCAUUUUAUGUGUGCAGCAGACUUCCUUGCCCUCAUAAGAUAGACUGCUUUAUUUCUAGGCCCACUGAAAAGACCAUCUUCCUUCUGAUAAUGUAUGGUGUCACAGGCCUCUGCCUAUUGCUUAACAUUUGGGAGAUGCUUCAUUUAGGGUUUGGGACCAUUCGAGACUCACUAAAUAGUAAAAGGAGGGAACUUGAUGAUCCCGGUGCUUAUAAUUAUCCUUUCACUUGGAAUACACCAUCUGCUCCCCCUGGCUAUAACAUCGCUGUCAAACCAGAUCAAAUCCAGUACACUGAGUUGUCCAAUGCUAAGAUUGCCUACAAGCAAAACAAAGCCAAUAUCGCCCAGGAACAGCAGUACGGCAGCCACGAGGAGCAUCUCCCGGCUGAUCUGGAGACUCUGCAGCGGGAGAUCAAAAUGGCUCAGGAACGCUUGGAUCUAGCAAUCCAGGCCUACCAUCACCAAAACAACCCCCAUGGUCCUCGGGAAAAGAAGGCCAAAGUGGGGUCCAAAUCUGGGUCCAACAAAAGCAGUAUUAGUAGCAAAUCAGGGGAUGGGAAGACCUCUGUCUGGAUCUAAUCUUGGGCUUAAAGCUUUGGUUUUCAUAGUUUAUGGUAAGCAGCAACUUGCUGAAUAAUGACUUCCAUUGAGUAAACAUUUGGCUCUGGUUAUCUUCAGGGAUGCUGUUGGCUCAUGAUCCAAACUCAGGGGACUCUGAAGGUGGAGCUGGGAUGAGUCGGGAGAGGGAAACACAGUGUUCCCAGGCACAUGCUCUCAGCAAUAAUGCAGUUGCAGAACUUUAAGUUUGUGUCUUCCAGAUCCAGAGAAGAACAGAUAUAUUUAAAUCAUUCUUGUUGAACAGUUUUUGUAUGUACAGUAUUAUGGUACAUUUUUUUUAGUAUGAUAACUUUUUUUGUAUUUGUACAUUGGACUGCUGUAGUUACACUUUUUUAUAUUAAAGGAAAAAAAUCCUUGUAAAUAAUGUCUGUUAAAGGGUAAUGUUAUUACUUUGUUUAGCAAAUAUUAUCUUGUGAUUGAAGUUUUAGUAGAUGGUACACUUAAUAAAAAUGCCCCUCGUGUUUCAGGAAAGAUUUAAGAUCUAGCUAUAGGGAAAUUGAGGGAGAAACACUAAUCUUCAAGAGUUUGGAAGAAGAUCCCUGUUAGAAAGAGGCUGAGAGCUGUCUGCUACCUGAGAGAUCUUGGAAUCUCCUUCCUGGGACCAGAGUUGUGGCUGUUCUUGGGAAAUGUUUCCAAAGGAAAUCAGUGAUUUACUGCAGAUUUCCUUUAAUCACCCAGCAUGGCUGCUGUGUACUUUGAUGGUGUGUCUCUGACUGAAAAGACUGAUACACAAGAAAGUCCGUGGUCAGAUAGCAGUGUGUUGCACGGAUGGGCCUGACAGUGCUGAGGUCUCAGCUGCUUCUCCUAGUAAGCAAAGGCAUGCCCCGACACCUGGAGAAUGAACCACAGGAAGUUAAGUUGUGAAGUUGUUCCACUUGCCCUAAAAUCUCUGUCCAGAAACCGAGUCUGGUUUCUAAAAAACUGGCCAUGAAUAUUUUCUGUAUUUGUUAACCUUAGAAAUAGAAACAAAAUUUCUCAGAUUAGAAUACUCAAAGCUACUUUUACUGAAAAUGGCAAAAGGCCUAAAUCUGGAUGCUUUGUUUUAACAGUAUGCUGUAAAAUGGGCGUGAGUUGCCCGUGUGUGCCAGUGUGGGUCUCUGUCUGAAGGGCCAGGCUUUGAGAUGAGUUCAGUAUUUAUUCCCUGUUAGCUGCGUAUUUGUUAAUGGUAAGGAUUGAUGGUCAUAAAACUAAUAAUUUGCAGUGUUUUCUUUCCACCUUUAGUCUGACAUCACACUGGAUGCUUUACCUUCCCGUCAGACUCAUGUUUGUCUAGAAGCGGUGGGUCUCUCUGUACACGACUUGGUACCGUGAGCAGAGCUUUAGGUCUAGCAGCAAGCAUUUCAUAUGGGCAUCUUGCUCUUUCUAAUCGAAAGUUUUUUGCAAGACAUCUCUCACUUUGAAAUUCUGGAAGUAUUAUUUUUUGUUUCUUAAAUCAGAAGUACUACCAGGCCAUAGUGGUGCGCACCUUUAAUCCCAGCACUCAGGAGGCAGAGGCAGGCAUAUCUCUGCGUUUGAGAUCAGGCUGGUCUACAAAGUUCCAGGACAGCCAGGGUUACACAGAGAAACCCUUCCUUGAAAACCAACAAUCUGAAAAGCCUGUUCUCUGUUACUCACAGCCUUGAACGGACCCAGUGUGCAUCCGCUUGCCUUUGCUGCUGCCGCCUCUUCCCCAGCCCACCUUACCAUCUAGGCAUUUAUUUAUUUACAUUUACUUUUUAAAAGAUCUCUAAACUUCAGCCUAGAGAAGAUCCUCAUCAUCCCUAACCUUUCUAGCAGGUGGAGCUAAAGGGAACUUUUCAAAAAAGUAUAUAUUUAUAUAUCAUGAGUAAUUGAUAGACAAUCCUUCCAAACCAAUUCACUAAUGGGAAAAUGCAUAUAAUUCUAAGAUAGGCACGAUUGUAACCACGUAAGUCUACCUGAGAUAACCCCCAGUUCUUGCAUUGCUAGCUCAUUCUGCAGACUUCUUAAUUGAAAGACGGGAAAUGCACACACACUCUGAGCCAUCUACCAGAGCCUAGGGGAGAGCAGAGUGGCCUGCCGGCAGAGUGGUUAGGAGCUGGGGUGAAGAGAAGGACUGAAGCAGAAAUGCCAGAAAGAACCAGGCAGAGGCAUUGGAUGCCAGGAGCAUCCAUUGGUUUCUAAUAAUGCUGCCCCCCCCCCCACCCUCCCGUGCUGCUUCUUGACCCAGAAUGAUGAGAAUGUUAUUUUUUUGGUCUAGCGAAUUCUUUAGCUUCUCAAAGUCUAUAGAAAGUUAUUCUCGGUCUCCUCCUUCUGUUCAUACAUAGUAAAGUUUAUUUUUAUCCUCUUGCUAUAGAUUUAAUCAUGACAAGGAGUCCCCAAUUCCUCAUGCUUCCUUAGCAUAUUUCUUCCAGAUUUUGAACAUAGACUUUUGCAAAAUACAACAUUUACCCCUUAUGGCAUUCUGUGGACCUACAAAAAAAUGAUCCUGGGACUGGAAAGAAGGGUCAGCAGUUAAGAGCACUGGCACUGGGGUUCAAAUCCCAGUACCACAUGGCAGCUGACAACUGGCUCUAACUUCAGUUCAAGGGGAGUCUUUUGGCCUCUGCAGACACUGCAUAUACAUGGUGCACAGGUGUGCAUGUAGGCAAAAUACCUGUACAUAUUAAAAAAAUUAUAAACCUUUACAAAUAAAUUAUUUAAAAAAGAAG